AGGCUAUUCAUAAACCAGCUCUGGUGCGGAGUAACGUUAGUGGAGCAGGAGGAGGAAGCCUGGCUAGCUAGCUAGCAAUUUGAGACAUUUCUGUCGCUUUUCAGUGUGUGUUUUAGUUUUUUUGGAAACUUCAGUUAGUUCCUAACCUAGGGCCCUUACUGUGUAUUUGAGUUAUGCCUCUCUAAUGACCGACAUGCUUAAAGUUCAUUCAUGUGUCUCUCUGACAGUUAGCUAGCCACAUAGCUACCAAGGUCACAUAUACACGCUACUCACACUUGUGGCUAACACGUGAAUUUGGUAACUUGUGUAAGUACAGUGCAGAAUGGCUGAGCAGAUCAAUUUUGAGGACGAAGCGGAGGUGAAGCAGUUUUUAGACAACCUGGGAGUGGAGUACAGCUAUCAGUGCCACCGAGAGAAAGACCCUGAAGGUUGUCAGAGGUUGGCAGAUUACUUGGAGGGCGUAAAGAAAAACUACGAGGCCGCAGCUCAGGUCCUGAAGAAGAACUGUGAGGAGAAUGGCCAUGGAGAGAGCUGCUACAAGCUUGGAGCUUACCAUGUCUCAGGCAAAGGUGGAGUGACGGAGUGUCUGAAAUCAGCCUAUUCCUGCUUUAUAAAGGCAUGUAACACCAAAGGGAAGAGGUUAGUGGACAGUUGCCACAACGCAGGCCUGCUUGCACAUGACGGCCGAGCCUUGGAAAGCGGUCCAGACCCUGUGGCUGCUCGUCAGUACUACACAAAGGCCUGUGAUGGAGGCUUUGCCCCAAGCUGCUUCAACUUGAGCGCCCUUUACAUCCAGGGUUCAGCAGGAGUAGACAAAAACAUGCCUCUGGCUCUGAAGUACUCCUUGCGGGCCUGCGACCUGGGCCACAUUUGGGGCUGCUCCAAUGCGAGCCGCAUGUACAAAAUGGGUGAUGGCACAGACAAGGAUGACCAGAAGGCAGAGGAGCUGAAGAACAGAGCUAAAGAACUGCAUGGACAGCUAAAAGAGCGGCAGCUAAAAUUUGGAGAGUGAUGCGGAGAGAAAGAGCUGGACUUAUGUUUUCAUCUGUGUGUCUAGUGAUGUGCUGUGUGUUGUAAAGGAUGUAGGGAACAACGGGUGUGAGGAAUAUGGGUAUUGUUUAUCAGUGCCUGUGACACAUCUGUGCUAUUGCACUGAUGAUAUGCAUUUUCUAAACAUAGCCUUUCUUUAUCUACAGGUGAAUACUGGCAUUUUAUUAUGCCCUUAGCUUUGAUUUCAGGGAUAUUGUGUGUCAGUGCAUCUGGCAACAGUGCUAAAGAUAAUAAAGAAAAAACACAACACAUAAAUUAAACAUAAUAUUUAAUACA